UCCGGGCGAAGAUGCUGGUAGUAAGUGUGACCCAAACAGUUGUUUGGACUCUAUGACAUUUGGAAUACUUGUUAUUAAAUAAACACCAGAAAAUCAGCAACUCAAAUCCAAGUUUAUCGCGAAACAGUAUAAACGGUGGCAGCGUCACAUAAAUUGCGUCAUCAGUAGUAUCCGCGCUCAUUAUUGUGUCUCGUGCAUGAACAACCUGUUGUCCAGAUCAUUUUCAUCAUUCAUCGUUGUGUGGGGAUUUUUAGCAUCAUGUAUCAACUAUUUUACACGUGCAAUCUCGUACAAUUGACCACUUGUGCUUAAUUUGAAAGCCAGAGGUGUGAUUCAAUGAGGAUGUUGGGGUACAUCUGGCAGUAUUUCUAUUCCUCUUGUCUGCGGUUCUGGGUGAAGUGGUUACUAAGGCUGGUUACGGGAACAUGUGAACUACAGCGGAUCUGUGCCCGAUGCAAAGCUGGAGUGCUGAGGACAUCACAAAUAGAGUAUUCCCUGAAGUCGUCAAAAAGCAAGGUAUUGCGAGCAGCUUUAUCUCUGAAGGAGAACGAACUGGAAGACCAUCUUGCACGGAUCAUUCGAGAAAAGAGAAUCAAAGAGCUGAAAGAUCCAACGUUUAAAGUUAAUUUCCGCCAAUGCCUGUUACAAAUAAACGGAUAUAAUGAGCUUUUUGAGGCAGUUGAGGAACUUCGAAAAGAGGUGUUUGACCCUGAUAAGGAGGAACAUGAGAACAUGCUCCUGAAGUUGUGGGACUUGUUAAUGCCAUCAGUCAAGUUAGAAUCGAGAAUCACUAAACAAUGGGGCAACAUCGGUUUCCAAGGUGAUGACCCAAAGACAGAUUUCAGAGGCAUGGGCAUGCUGGGCCUCACAAACCUUGUUUUUUUCAGUGAGAAAUUCACAGAUGAAGCCCGUCAGGUUCUGUCACAUGCAAAUCACCCCACACUUGGGUAUUCAUAUGCGAUAGUGGGCAUUAAUCUGACUGAGAUGGCAUACAGCUUAAUGAAGAGUGGCGCUUUGAAGCCUCAUUUCUAUAACAGCUUAUCUACAAAACCCCAGCUGCUGCACUUCCAUCAGUUCUACUGUUACCUGGCAUACGAGUUUGAUAAGUUCUGGUUGGAAGAGGAGCCAGAGAGCAUCAUGGAGUUCAAUCGCUACAGGGAGAAGUUUCACGACAAGGUCAAAGGGCAACUUCAGGCACCAGACGUCACUCUUAUCAUGACUACGGACCCAAAAAAGUGAUUCUAGCAUUCCAACACUCCUUCAGGUAGAGGAAUGAAGAUCGAACGAAAAAGGAAACCUGAACAGUUGCUUUUGUUUUCUUUGUCACUUUCCAUUGACUUCACAUUAGUCUUUGAGUAGGGAAAUGUACAAUGUGCAUUAAAUGUUCAAUAAUAAUUCCCCCCAAAAAUACUGUAUAAAAUGUACAUCAGAGGUUGAUGGGGUUGAGCUGGUUGGUUAGCUACAGUUGAAGUCAGAAGUUUACAUACACCUUAGCCAAAUACAUUUAAACUCAGUUUUUCACAAUUCCUGACAUUUAAUCGUAGAAAACAUUCCCUGUCUUAGGUCAGUUAGGAUCACUACUUUAUUUAAGAAUAUGAAAUGUCAGAAUAAUAGUAGAGAGAAUUAUUUAUUUCAGCUUUUCUUUCUUUCAUCACAUUCCUAGUGGGUCAGAAGUUUACAUACACUUUGUUAGUAUUUGGUAGCAUUGCCUUUAAAUUGUUUAACUUGGUCAAAAUUUUUGGGUAUCCUUCCACAAGCUUCUCACAAUAAGUUGCUGGAAUUUUGGCCCAUUCCUCCAGACAGAACUGGUGUAACUGAGUCAGGUUUGUAGGCCGCCUUGCUCACACACACUUUUUCAGUUCUGCCCACAAAUGUUCUAUCGGAUUGAGGUCAGCGCUUUGCGAUGGCCACUCCAAUAUCUUGACUUUGUUGUCCUUAAGCCAUUUUGCCACAACUUUGGAGGUAUGCUUGUGGUUAUUGUCCAUUUGGAAGUCCCAUUUGUGACCGAGCUUUAACUUCCUGGCUGAUGUCUUGAGAUGUUGCUUCAAUAGAUCCACAUAAUUUUCCUUCCUCAUGAUGCCAUCUAUUUUGUGAAGUGCACCAGUCCCUCCUGCAGCAAAGCACCCCCACAACAUGAUGCUGCCACCCCCAUGCUUCACGGUUGGGAUGGUGUUCUUCGGCUUGCAAGCCUCACCCUGUUUCCUCCAAACAUAACGAUGGUCAUUAUGGCCAAACAGUUCAAUUUUUGUUUCAUCAGACGAGAGGAAAUCUCUCCAAAAAGUAAGACCUUUGUCCCCAUGUGCACUUACAUACUGUAGUCUGGCUUUUUUAUGGUGGUUUUGGAGCAGUGGCUUCUUCCUUCCUGAGCAGCCUUUCAGGUUAUGUCGAUAUAGGACUCGUUUUACUGUGGAUAUAGAUACUUGUCUACCUGUUUCCUCCAGCAUCUUCACAAGGUCCUUUGCUGUUGUUUUGGGAUUGAUUUGCACUUUUCAAACCAAAAUACGUUCAUCUCUAGGAGACAGAAUGCAUCUCUUUCCUGAGCGGUAUGAUGGCUGCGUGGUCCCAUGGUGUUUAUACUUUGACUGUUGUUUGUACAGAUGAACGUGGUACCUUCAGGUAUUUGGAAAUUGCUCCCAAGGAUGAACCAGACUUGUGGAGGUCUAAAAAAUAAUUUCUAAGGUCUUUGGUCUUUUGAUUUUUCCAUGAUGUCAAGCAAAGAGGCACUGAGUUUGAAGGUAGGCCUUAAAAUACAUCCACAGGUACACCUCUAAUUGACUCCAAUUAGCCUAUCAGAAACUAAAUUAGGUUUGACAUCAUUUUCUUGAAUUUUCCAAGCUGUUUAAAGGUACAGUUAACUUAGUAUAUGUAAACUUCUGACCUGCUGGAAUUGUGAUAUAGUCAAUUAAAAGUGAAACAAUCUGUCUGUAAACAAUGUUGGAAAAAAUACUCGUGUCAUAAACAAAGUAGAUGUCCUAAACGACUUGCCAAAACUGUAGUUUGCUAAUAUGAAAUCUGUGGAGUGGUUAAAAAAAAAAGAGUUUUAAUGACUUCAACCUAAGUGUAUGUAAACUUCUGAAUUCAGCUGUACCUUUACAUGGAAAGAGUUGUACAGUAUCAAAGUUAUCUGUUCUGUGAAUAUUGUUAUUCAGACCUCAACUCGAUUCCAAAGUACAGCAUUUGUAAAAUUAUGCACAAAUAUUUAUUUAACACUGUGUUGUUUUCUUAUUUAAGCAGUGUUUGGUUUUGAAGAUGUAACAUUUUAUUCCUGAUGACAUGAAUAAUUGUAUAGUGUUGGAUUAAUACCUAAUGUCGAAGAAUACAUUUAUGUCAUUACUUCAUGCAUAUCAUAAAUAUUGCAACUUGAAUGGAAAAAAUGGAAUUUGCUUAAAUAUGACAGGGAUAAUUUUGAAAUUAACCAUUUAUUAUGAAAAAAAUGUGGUGGAUAUUUUCCACAUUCAGAUUUUUUUAAUUAUUAUUAAAAUUACUUUUUAUAUUAGAAUAUUCUGUUAACCAUUUGUCAUGGGAUUUAUAAACUGUAUAUUAUUAGCAGCAAUUAAUCUUAAUAUGUCACAUGCACAAAGUAUAUAUAUAUUUAAUAUUUACAUUAGCCAUAACAAAAUAAGGGAAACUUGUUUAAUAUAGCUUUCCAGUACAAAGGCAAUUAUCAGUUUUGGGGGUAUUACAGGGUAUUGAGUAUAGCAAAUAGAUGUCAUAGUAAGUAGUUCUGUUUUAAACAAAGGACUAAUUGAUCAAAACACAAGAAAACAUAAAUAUUACAUAAAAAUGAUAUACAUUAAGGUAUCACACGGGGAUGAGGUACAGAGCAUGCAUUCAGUUCAAUUUGUGCAUUUUAUGAUAAGAAAAUCAGUUGUUGUCCUGAUCUGAUUCUAUGGUGCCUUGAUCUUGCCAUGGAGAAGAAAAAAAUAACAGUAAUUCUGACUUCAUAUUUUACAAAUAUGACUUUAAAUCUCGCAAUUACAAGGUUAUUUCUUAUAACUGCGACUUCAUAUCAUGAUUUUGACUUGUCAUUGUUUUUCGCAAUUGCGAAAUUUGAUCUCACAAAGUCUAAAUUUGAAAAUUGUAAAAUAUAAAGUCGCAACUAUAUCUCACAUUUAUGACUUUAUAUCUCUCAACUGCGCAUUUAUUUCUUCUAAUUGCAAGUUGAUAUCUUUUUAAUUGUGACUUUAUACCUUGCCCUUGUGCCUUAUUUGCAGUAAUUGCAACUUUAUACCUCACAAUUGCCACUUCAUAUUCACAAUAUUGACUUUAUUUCACUCAAUUUAGUAAUUUUGACAUUGUUUCUCGCAAUGGCAACUUUAUAUUUCGCAAUGUUGAAAAAAAAAAUGGUCAAAUAUAAAGUCACUACUAUAUCUCACACAUUAUAUCUCACUAUUGUAACUUAUCUCGCAAUUGCAACUUCAUAUUUCUCUCAAUUUCGUAAUUUCGACAAUUUCUCGCAAUUGCAAAUUUAUAGCUUGUAAUGUUGAAAACUGAAAUAUAAAGUUGUAACUAUAUCUCAGAAAUAGUCUCAAUUCAUCUCACAAUUUCUCUCAAUUUCGUAAUUUUGACAUUAUUUCUCUCAAAUGUAACUAUUUUGCAAUCGAAAAAUUUAAAAUGAGAAAAUUUUAAGUUGCAACUAUAUUUCACACAUUAUAUCUCACUAUUAUGACUUAACUUGCAAUUGCGACUUCAUAUCUCAAAAUUUUGUCUAUUUCUCAAUUUCAUAAUUAUGACAUCAUUUCUCACAAUUGCAACAUUAUAUGCAAUGUAAAAAACUGAAAAUCGUGAAUAUAAAGUUGUAACAAUAUCUCAGAAAUAAAGUCUCAACUGCUAGAUAUAAACACUCAAUUACUAUAAAUAAAGUCACAAUUGUGAAAUAAAAAGUCUGAAUCGCCUUCUAUGUUUUAUUCAAUGGCGGGAUGUGGCUUCCAUCCUAUUCUGAGUUGUUGCUUCUAUUCUUAAAGCAUCCUGUGGGGUUGGCUAGUGAACUCCCAAAUCUGAAUGAAUUGUUUGGAAUCCGCUGUCUGAUCUUCAUCUCCAGUUUUCAUCACGCUGUCAGAGGUUUUUUAAAAUGGCUGCUCUCUGUGAAUCUGUUGGUUGGAAAGGCGGGACUUAGUUUAGUCUCUAUG